AGGGGGAGGGAGGGGGCGGAGCGCCCCAAAGAGGCAGAGCCAACCGACGUCUGCAGGGACGAGUGCCUGCCAUGGGGUCCGACGGGGCGGGACUGAGUUCAGCUGUCCGGUGGAAGUGAAGGUCACUCCAAGGGCCGGAGAAGUCGGAGAGAUGGGAGGUGGGGAGGCCGUCCCCUCCCCCGGGGCCGAGGGAGGCGCGGGGCUGAAGCAACCAGCCCCUUUUCUCCCCCAUCUGUGGCGUCGGGCGGCGCCAGCAGCUCCCGUUCCUGGACGCGCAGUCCCCAGGCACCGGUAGCCCCCCCCGGCCGAAGCAAGCGGCUCCCCCACUCCGGGAGCUUCUUCGCAGGUGAACUCGCCUGGACGGGGCGGGAGGCAGAGGCCCCUUCCCCACUCCCGACCUGCUCUGGACAACUUGAAAAAACGCGGCGCAUCCGGAGCGGCGCCGGCCGAGGCGCCCCAGCGCGACCCCAUGCCCGUGCCCGUGCCCGUGCCCCCUGCGCUGCUGCUGCUGGGCACUACGCUGACCUUCCGGGCCGGGCUGCUGCUGCUGGGCCGGCUGCCCCUGCCAGUCCACGUGCGGGGCGACCCCCUGCGCACCUGGCGCUGGCACAACCUGCUCGUCUCCUUCACCCACUCCAUCGUGUCCGGGCUCUGGGCUCUGCUCUGCGUCUGGCAGACCCCGGAAAUGCUGGUGGACGUUGAGACAGCAUCGUCCCUCUCUGGGUAUUUGCUCGUCUGCUUCUCCGCUGGUUAUUUCAUCCAUGACACAGUGGACAUCGUGGCGAGUAAGCAGGCCCAGGCGUCUUGGGAGUAUUUGGUCCACCAUGCCUUGGCCAUCUUUGCCUUUGCCUCGGGCAUCUUUCAGGGCAGCUUCGUGGCAGGUGGGGUCCUGACCCUAUUUGUGGAAGUCAGCAACAUCUUCCUUACAAUGAGGAUGAUGAUGAAGCUCAGCAACAAUCAGGACUGCCUUUUCUACCGGAUCAAUAAGUACAUCAACCUGGUCAUGUAUUUCCUCUUUCGCCUGGCCCCCCAGGCCUACCUCACCAGCUUUUUCCUUCAGUACCUGGGCCGCUGGACACAGGGUGCCUUUCUGCUCAGUAUCCUGUUGCUGGUGGAUUUGAUGAUUCUCAUCUACUUCUCCCGCCUCCUUCGCUCAGACUUCUGCCCAGAGCGAGCUUCUCCAGGGCACAACAAAGACAAGUUUCUGACAGAAUAGAUGCAGCUGGCUGUUCUUUGGUGACUUGGGGGGGGGGGAGGGUGUUUAUUUCAUCCAUGUGGCCUAAUACAUGCAACCUAUUUACUGACUUAGAUGUACAACUGAAGACACUCAAGAAAAAAAAAAAAACCAAAACACACCAUUUGGAAAUCCUGUGUUGUCUAUGGUUAAGGGAAGACAGGUUGGGGAGGACUCUCCUUGGCACAACAAAGGUAAGGCACCAAACUGAAGGAAUGUCUGUCAGGAACAAGGAUCACAUAAAAUGCUUCAUAAACAAGGUAGGGGUGACUGCCCAGGCCAGACUCCCCCUUGCAACCAACCCAAGGGAGAAACCUUGGGGUCCUAAACAGUUAACCUCAACCUCGACAAAGGAGCCUCGAUCUCCCCCAUGUUCCUAGAAGGGGCUCACCCUGAGGUUUAGGAGCCUAAGUUCUAAGAAGAGGACCCAAACCCUCAUCAGUCUCUCCCUGCUCUAGGCCCUAGUGCUUGUUCCUUUCCUUGGCUCUGGGCCCAGGCACUGCUGCUUUUUUUCCCUUCUCCCUCUGGACUAAAGGGUAGUGUGGCUCCCACCCUCCUGGGAGGAAACAGUUGUCAGGCCCUGAGAAACAACCAUAGUGUAAUGGCUUUCAGCCCUAGGGGACAGCACCAAGUGAAGAGAAAAGUGGCACUAGUUUCUGGGGGAAGCAUGGAUUCGCCCAAACUGUUCCCUCCACUGUGUGGGGGAGGCAGAAUUGCCACUGCCUGCCC